UAAUUUCGAGCCUCGCCCACUUUGCCGUCCGAGAAACUUUUUAAUCGGGCGUUCAUGACGUCAUCAUUUAGUCAAAAUAUCCGCGCACGUGAGAAAGAGGUUUUCACGUGGUAACGUACAAAAGUCACGGGACUUGUAUAGAACGUAGAGAAAUCUAGAUGGCCGAGGCUCCCGAUCUUGCAGCCGAGCUGGAAAGCGCAGGCGUCCCUGUUGUGGAAGACGGGGAAGAGAACUCCCUCCACACGGUAGACCUCCAGACACCCCACAACACGGCGCCCACGGGUCCCGUUCUCCAAUUCUCCGACGACGCUGCAUCUCCACCCCCCAGUGCGAACGGCGAGGGUGGCCUCGAAGACCGCGACCCGCACUCUCCCGUUGAGGGGACCCGGAUAGAGACGCGGCAGCGCUCGGCCAGCAAGGGAACCCUGCUGAAGGAAUGGGGUGCGCACCAAAUACGGGUAACCAAACAGCUCGUAUCUGAGAAGUUCGGUAGGGGGACUCGUACGGUGGACCCUGACCUCGACAAGCGGAUCGAGUCGUUGAGAGAAACUCAGAGAAAGUACGCCCAACUCAUGCACCUUGCCUCGCAGUUCCACACACAGUUUGUACAAGUAGUCGAGACGCAGAAAACCCUCGCCGAGCACUUUGCCUUCAUGAGCGUGCGGACUCCGGAACUGCACUCUGAGUUUCAGUUCAACUCGGACGCUCAGAAGCAGGUAUCGAGAAACGGCGAGACGCUGUUGGCUGCAGUCAAUUUCUUCAUCUCAAACACCCAAACGGUGUGCACGAAAACAAUGGAGGACACGCUGCAGACUGUUAGGGUAUACGAGAACAGUCGACUGGCGUACGAUGCAUAUAGAAACGACCUCGAAGAGCUGAAGAAACAGGCAAAUAUGUCAGAGAAAGUAGCAGCACGAUUGCCGGUAGCCACGGGCGAGUUUGAAGUCCACAAACAAGUGUUUGAGCAACUUCGUCACGAUCUUGACAUCAAAUUGAAACUCCUGGACGAAAACAAGUACAAGGUGACCCACAAGCAGCUAGUUCUGCUGCUCGGGGCCUUUGCCGCCUAUUUCUCUGGCAACCACACGGCAGUGGACUCCCUCCUGAAGGAGCUCAAGGCCAAACUGAGCCAGGAGAGACAGAGUCAAGACCCUCCGGCCUGGCUGGAGGAGCUGCCAAGUUCUCGAGAGCUACACAAUCAAGACCAGUAGUCACCCCUGUCUUCUAGGUGUGUGUGUGUAACUUCGAACAAUAAGUUAAUGUCCGCCUUGCGGUUUGAAUCCCCAAAACUC